AUGCCAUUGACUAUUCUCUCCCAGACGCAGCUCCGCUCGCUGCUCCUCUCCCUGACCCGCGAUGAAAUUAUCGCGCUUCAACAGAAUCUCAGCAAAUCCCUCCAAGAGUACUCGACCGGAAACCAGGAAAACGGCUGUUCGGCGACCUACCAACCGCAGAGAACCGCCAUCACCCGACGAAAUGGCUGCACGACGCUGUUCAUGCCCGCCAGCACGGGCCACACCAUCGGCAUGAAGAUGAUCUCGCUCCAAGACGGGGGGACGGCCGGCUGCGCUGUCGACAGCGGCGUUGACAUCCCAGCCACUGAUAAGGCCGCCAUGGGCUCUCGCGGUCCGCGAACCUCGAUGGCCUCGGUGGCCUCCGACCUCAGCGAGCUGUCCAUCUCGUCGCAGGAGGAAGAGCGGUCCUCGAGCACCUCCAGCGCCUCCCUCCCCUCCGGCUGUGUCAACAAACUCCCCGUCGACACUGGCCUUUCCAACACCAUGGGCGCCUGGCCCGCAGCCGGCACCCGCGAUACCUCGCCGCAGGGGAGCGUCACGCUGCUGGACGAGGAGAGCCUGCCGUUCGGGCUCAUCAACGCACACGAGCUGACGCCGUUCCGCACGGCGCUGACGUCGACCAUGGUGUUCAACAAACGCAAGCGGGUGCGCACGAUCGUGGUGUUUGGCGCCGGGAAGCAGGCAUACUGGCACAUCCGGCUGGCGCUGGUGCUGCGGGGGUCGGAUAUCAAGCGCGUGUACAUUAUCAACCGGUCGUUCGACCGCGCCGCGCAGCUGCUACGGGAUAUUUACUCGCCCGAGAACGCCGGCUGGCGCGGGGAGGUGAAAUUCUCCGCCGUCAGCACCGACUUUGGCGAGUACUCGCGGGUGAUCCACGAUGCGCUGCGCAAGGCCGACGCCAUCUUCUGCUGCACGCCCUCGGUCAAGCCACUCUUCCCGGCGCAUCACCUCACCUCGCGCGAGGGCCGACAGAAGGGUCGCCUCAUCAGCGCGAUCGGGUCGUACAAACCGCACAUGACGGAGCUGGAUCCCGAGAUCCUCCGGGAGGAGGUCAAUGUGCAACCUUCACAUCGGCACUUCCACAAGCAUGUCAAGCGCAGCGGGGUCGUGGUGGUGGACAGCCUGGAUGCGGCGCUCAAGGAGGCCGGCGAGAUCAUCCAGGCGGAGGUGAAGCCCAACCAGGUGGUGGAGCUGGGCGAACUGUUGAUGGUACGACAGGCGGGUCAGGAUCUAGGACAGGAGGACGAAGAUAGUAUAAGUUUGCGGGAAUGGAUUCAAAAGGGGAAUGUGAUAUACAAGAGCGUGGGAUUGGGGUUGAUGGAUCUGGUGACGGGCGGCGAUCUGGUGCAGCUGGCGCGGCAACGGAAGAUCGGCACGACGGUGGAGGAUUUUUGA